UGAACCCAAACUUGAAAGUGCGUUCAAGGCUAAAACAGAAGGUGGCUGAGCGGAGAAAGCAGUCCCCUCCUGCGUCGCAAGGAUGGAACAGUUAUUAGCACCUUCAAGAAGAGAGCAGUUGAGAUCACAGGCACUGGGCCUGGGGUGUCGUCCGUGUGUAACAGUGCGCCUGGCUCCGGCCCCAGCUCUCCCAACAGCUCCCACAGCACCAUCGCUGAGAACGGCUUUACUGGCUCAGUCCCAACAUCCCCACGAGAUGCUCCCCCAGCACCGGGCCCUCCCUCUGGACAGCUCCCCCAACCAGUUCAGCCUCUACACAUCUCCCUCUUUGCCCAACAUCUCCCUAGGACUGCAAGCCACAGUCACUGUCACCAACUCGCACCUCACCGCCUCCCCCAAGCUGUCAACACAGCAGGAGGCCGAGAGGCAGGCCCUUCAGUCUCUGCGUCAGGGCAGCACAUUGACGGGCAAGUUCAUGAGCACUUCCUCCAUCCCUGGUUGCCUGCUGGGUGUGGCACUGGAGGGUGACACGAGCCCCCACGGGCAUGCCUCGCUCCUGCAACAUGUCUUGCUGUUGGAACAGGCCCGGCAGCAGAGCACCCUCAUCGCUGUGCCUCUGCAUGGGCAAUCCCCGUUGGUGACUGGUGAACGGGUGGCCACCAGCAUGCGGACAGUGGGAAAGCUUCCGAGGCACCGGCCUUUGAGCCGCACUCAGUCCUCGCCACUGCCGCAGAGUCCCCAGGCUCUGCAGCAGCUGGUCAUGCAGCAGCAGCACCAGCAGUUCCUGGAGAAGCAGAAGCAGCAGCAGUUGCAGCUGGGCAAGAUCCUCACCAAGACUGGGGAGCUGUCUAGGCAGCCCACUACCCACCCUGAGGAGACAGAGGAAGAGCUGACUGAGCAGCAGGAGGCCUUACUGGGAGAGGGAGCCCUGACCAUGCCCCGGGAAGGCUCCACAGAGAGUGAGAGCACCCAAGAAGACCUGGAGGAAGAGGAAGAGGAGGAGGUAGAAGAGGAAGAAGACUGCAUCCAGGUCAAGGAUGAGGAAGGCGAGAGUGGACCUGAAGAGGGGCCAGACUUGGAGGAGUCCAGUACCGGUUACAAAAAGCUAUUCACAGAUGCCCAGCAGCUGCAGCCCCUGCAAGUGUACCAGGCACCCCUCAGUCUGGCCACUGUGCCUCACCAGGCCCUGGGCCGCACCCAGUCCUCACCUGCUGCUCCUGGGGGCAUGAAGAGCCCCCCAGACCAGCCCACCAAGCACCUCUUCACCACAGGCGUGGUCUACGACACAUUCAUGCUGAAGCACCAGUGCAUGUGUGGGAACACGCAUGUGCACCCUGAGCAUGCUGGCCGCAUCCAAAGCAUUUGGUCCCGGCUGCAGGAGACUGGCCUGCUCAGCAAGUGUGAGCGGAUUCGGGGUCGCAAAGCCACACUGGACGAGAUCCAGACAGUGCACUCUGAAUACCACACCCUGCUCUAUGGGACCAGCCCUCUCAACAGGCAGAAGCUAGACAGCAAGAAGCUGCUCGGCCCUAUCAGCCAGAAGAUGUAUGCCAUGCUGCCUUGUGGGGGUAUUGGGGUGGACAGUGACACUGUGUGGAACGAGAUGCACUCCUCCAGUGCUGUGCGCAUGGCGGUGGGCUGCCUGGUAGAGCUGGCCUUCAAGGUGGCCUCAGGAGAGCUCAAGAAUGGAUUUGCCAUCAUCCGGCCCCCAGGACACCAUGCUGAGGAGUCCACAGCCAUGGGAUUCUGCUUCUUCAACUCUGUAGCCAUCACAGCUAAACUCCUGCAGCAGAAGUUGAACGUGGGCAAGGUUCUCAUCGUGGACUGGGACAUUCACCACGGCAAUGGCACCCAGCAAGCAUUCUACAAUGAUCCCUCUGUGCUCUACAUCUCUCUACAUCGCUAUGACAACGGGAACUUCUUUCCAGGCUCUGGGGCUCCUGAAGAGGUUGGUGGAGGGCCAGGCAUGGGGUACAAUGUGAACGUGGCAUGGACAGGAGGUGUGGAUCCCCCCAUUGGAGAUGUGGAGUACCUGACAGCCUUCAGGACAGUGGUGAUGCCCAUUGCCCACAAGUUCUCACCUGAAGUGGUCCUAGUCUCCGCUGGCUUUGAUGCUGUUGAAGGACAUCUGUCGCCACUGGGUGGCUAUUCUGUCACCGCCAGAUGUUUUGGCCACUUGACCAGGCAGCUGAUGACGCUGGCAGGGGGCCGGGUGGUGCUGGCCUUGGAGGGAGGCCAUGACUUGACCGCCAUCUGUGAUGCCUCAGAGGCCUGUGUCUCGGCUCUGCUCAGCGUGGAGCCCUUGGACGAGGCAGUCUUGCAGCAAAAGCCCAACAUCAACGCAGUGGCCACAUUAGAGAAAGUCAUCGAGAUCCAGAGCAAGCAUUGGAGCUGUGUGCAGAGGUUUGCUGCUGGUCUGGGUCGCUCCCUGCGGGAAGCCCAGGCAGGUGAGACUGAGGAGGCUGAGACUGUGAGCGCCAUGGCCUUGCUGUCAGUGGGGGCUGAGCAGGCCCAGGCUGCUGCAGCCCGAGAGAACAGCCCCAGGCCGGCAGAGGAGCCUAUGGAGCAGGAGCCUGCCCUGUGACACCCUGGCCCCAUCCCUCUGGGCUUCAUCAUUGUGAUUUUGUUUAUUUUUUCUAUUAAAAACAAAAAGUCACACAUUCAACAACGUGUGCC